GUCUAAGCAGAGUUCACAACUGUAUUUAUUGUUGUUGAUGCGAUAGAUGGAUGACCCACCCAAGAGCGCUCUCGAGAACAACUUGUAGCAACACUUCAAGACCUCUACAGGUGAAAUCGGAUACCCGCCUGAUGUUUACUUCACGAUUUAUCGCGGACAUUCAAAGCCAAUUUGCCGGAUUGCCUACACUCGAAGUUCGUGCGACCGAGCUCGACGUUCGACGGUUUGUGGCUGGCCGGACAGAGUAUCUAGCCAAGUGUGUGCAACGCAAUAACGACCUGCAGAACGAGAUCGAAGACAAGGUAUCGAGGGCAGUAGACGGCAUGUGAGGAGUCUCGUCUGUCUUUGCUCUGCAGUAUGUAAUAUGAGCUUUAGGUUUCUUCUGGCGCGUCUAUACACAGACUCUUUGCGAGCCGUCCGUCAAGCUCUGGAGCAUUUCUCCACGAGCAGCACGCAUCUCGCGCAUAUGUAGUGCCGAGGACGAGGUCUUCUUUUCGCUCCUCCUAUAUACAUACCAUGGCCAUUCGUCUGU